ACGGACCACGUCAAUAUGCAGUUCAGCACAAUGACGCUGCGGGUUAUGGGUUUUCUCCUACCUUUUUACCUUUAUCUCUUUUUAGAGAGGCCAGAUGGGGCAAUCACCUUGGCGAGACGAAACUACUGCGAAAUCCCAGAGAACCUUCAGCAUGUUUAUCAACACUCGUUGGUUUCCAACGGCACCUCUGAUGUAAACAACAACUCUUCUGAAGAAGAUGAAGAAGAUGUCGAUGAUGAGGAGGAUAAUUGGUCAGAUGAUUGGGACGAUCAGGAGAGUCAAAUUUAUCAAAAUGUGAAUGUUAAUACAUCUAAUUCAUACUCAACACCAAGAUCAACCCCUGUAAAAAUGCGAGGUCAUGGUAAUUUUGGGUUGUCCAAUCCAAAGCGAGGAACCCUGCGAAGGUCAAGUAGUGUUAUGAGAUCAGGAUCUGUCAGAAAAAUUAAAAGCCUUACUAAUAAAUUCUCCGUGUUUGCAAGAACUGGCGGAGAUGCCUACCUAAUGGACACAGAAAACAAAUCCAGUAAAGCCAGUGAAGCAUGUUCAGCUGUUGUUGUGGAAACAUCAUUGGGUCCUCAGUGGAAGCAGACGGUACGGCCGUUUAAGUGCGUCAUCAAAAGUCCACGCAAAGACAGCAAGUACCGAGGCAUCAAGACAUUCAUGACUUACCAGAUCACAACUUUUACCCAUGAUGGGGAUGUAAUGGGUGAUGUUCGACGACGAUACAAACAGUUUUGGUGGCUGUAUGAGAGACUAGCUGUGAAAUAUAAAUUCUUAUGUGUCCCACCUUUACCAGUGCGGCAAAUCGUAGGUAUGGACUAA